AUGAAGAUUGCCUUCAUUUUUCUCAGUAUCUUGGGGAUGGCCUGUGCAUUCUCAAUGAAAAAUUUGCAUAGAAGAAUCAAAUUAGAAGAUUCUGAAGAAAAUGGGGUCUUUAAAUACAGGCCACAAUAUUAUCUUUAUAAGCAUGGCUACUUUUACCCUCCUCUAAAACGAUUUGCACUUCAGGGCAGCAGUGACUCUUCGGAAGAAAAUGGAAAUGGUGACAGUUCAGAAGAAGAGGAGGAAGAAGAGGAGACUUCAAAUGAAGAAGAAAACAAUGAGGAUUCUAAUGGGAACGAAGAUGAAGAAUCUGAAGCUGAGAAUACCACGCUUUCUACUGCGACACCUGGCUAUGGAGAAGAGGUCACUGCUGGAACAGAGUACAUAGGGUUAGCUGCAAUCCAGCUUCCAAAGAAGGCUGGGGAUAUAGGAACAAAACCUGCUAAGAAAGAGGAAAGUGAUGAAGAGGAGGAGGAAGAAGAGAAUGAAAAUGAGGAAAAUGAAGCAGAAGUGGAUGAAAAUGAACAAGCUGUGAAUGGCACCAGCACCAACAGCACAGAGGUGGAGAAUGGUAAUGGCAGCAGUGGUGCAGACAAUGGAGAAGAAGGGGGUGAAGAAAGUGACACAGCAGCCACCACAGCAGGAACUACUUUAACGGUAGUGCCAAGCACUGACAUCUCAAAGACAAUAGCCUCUCUAGGUGUUGGGUUUGAACCCACAACCCCACCUCCCAAGGUCGAUGGUACUACACCCUAUGGGAAGACUACCACAGCUGAGUAUGGGGGUGAGUACGAGCAAACAGCUGGUGCUGAAUACGACGCUGGGUAUGAAGUCUAUGACAAUGAGAAUGGGGGGCCUCGUGGCGACAAUUACCGACCCUAUGAAGAUGAAUACAGCUACUACAAAGGGCGUGGCUAUGAUGGCUAUGAUGGUCAAGAUUACUACUACCAUCAGUGAAGACCAGCCUAGGGUGGAGUCACCAUGCCAGCUUGCAUCUGGCUGCCAGUU